GCUUUGUACACCGAAUGUAGCGCAUGAGGUUCCCGGCUCAUCCGCAGCCACGGAUUCCAAAUUGGUCUCAGCACCAAAGCGUUUUAACACCAUGCUGCUUGUGAAACAUCCAACACCUUGCUACGAGGAGGAUCCUUGGACAAUCAAACUACGUAGCUGUCACUAUGAGCCGGUCUACAUGCCCGUGCUAGACUUUUCAUUUGAUCGAAUCGAUGAGCUUGCCAAUCUCCUCGAAGUCGGACCAGCAAAUCGCUGGGGAGGUGUUAUUGUCACCAGGCUCGUCAGCGAGGCGCUUCAAGAGGCUAUAUACCGGAUGUCGUCACAAGCUAUGAUAACCAAAGCGCGACUGAUCUUCAAUUCCAUUCUUAGCUGGUUGAAGCCUUCUGCAGGUGGUGAUUGUUUUCCUCCAAUCACGGGGUUACGUGUGCUUGGAGCAGACGAAGCCGGCUCCGGCAAAUCUCUUGGCACUUUUAUCGCUCGCCAUUUCGGUGCUACUAUAUCUGACCCGGGCUCCUUUACCGACAAUGAUGAUCGGCCGACGAAACUACUACCUCUUCUUUACCUUACAGGAGCACACCAGCACGCUGAUCUUUCAAAUACCCUCUCAUCCUCUGAACCGCCGAUUCCGUUUGUCGAGUGGCAAGUCUACACGGCCCACCCAAUCCCUAAACCCGCGAUUCAGCCCUUGCUCCCUAGUUUUCCAAGCUGGGUGAUACUCUUUAGUCCAAACUCUGCUUCUCUAGCUUUUCCUCAGCUUAAAUCCCUAUUGGAAAAUCCCCACGCCACUUCACUCCGGUUUGCAGCCAUCGGGCCAUCAACACGGGACUCGCUCAAAUCAAUCUUGGGCCGCUCGCCGGACGCUGUAGCUCCACGUCCCCAGCCUGAUGCUUUACUUGAAGCCAUUCGGGUCGCAGAUGGUGAAAGUCAGCCUGAACCUAUAAUUCAUGACUCAGUGACGAAAAGCCUUCAUUGACACCCGAUCACUCAGAUGGGAUACAGGCUUGUCAAUUUGUAUUUGUAGAAGUUGCAAAAAGCUAAAAGUAUACAACAGAAGUAAUAUUGUAAAGCGUAGUAUGUAUUUAAAAAGUGUG